ACGCUGACAUUGAACCGGCUGCAGGAGGAACCUCAAACAGGAGUGAUUGAACAGUUCGCUGAUGCGUGAUGCGCGCUGUGGGCCUGUGUACGCACGCAUUCACGUGUGGAGAGAAAGAAACAGAUCCAGCUGGCCCUAGAGCCUUUCAUACUGGACUGCUAAGGGCACUUUAUAAGUUCACCCUUCCUCGAGUGUAUGCAGCUGACAUUGUUGAUCCACAGGCCAGUCUUCAGUCUUUACCAAAACAUGUGGGCAAGCCAGAGUUCCCGGACACAGGAUGGGACCGCAUUAAAGACCUGUUCAACCGAGGUGAUGGACAGGCAUACUCUGAAGAGGUGAGUAAUGUGGCGAAGGGUGCUCUGACAGCGGCCUUGGUGGGACUGUUUUACGGAGGCCUGCCUGGAGGCCGACAUGCCCGUGAGAGAUUCAUCCAGCUGAGCCAGGCUGAGAUUUACCGCAGCAGAGUGGAGGCAGUGCGUUCGGCUCAUAACGCGGCCAUCCGAGGCUUUGUGAGAUACGGCUGGAGGUGGAGCUGGAGAGUCGGCGCCUUCGUUACGCUUUUUAACACUAUCAGUACAGGGAUUUCUGUCUACAGAGACAGUAACUCCUUGAGUCAUUUCGCUGUGGCGGGAGCUGUGACCGGAGGCGUUUUCCGGAUGAAUCUGGGCCUCAGGGGAUUGGUGGCAGGAUCAGUUAUUGGAGCUGCAUUGGGUGUGCCUGCUGGGGCGUUAAUUGUUGGUCUACAGAAGCUGGGAGGAGAGACCAUGCGUGAAAAGCGACGACGAGAACGAAGAGAACUGUACGAGCUCAGGGUGGCUGAAUGGAAUGCACGUCUACAGCUAACUGACGAGAUAAUCGGUGAAUUUAGUGGCCGGGACAAAGACACAGAAGGUGACCUUCAGCGAAUCAAAGAGCUCCUUAGUCAACCAAGGAAUGAGGAAUCGGCAAAGGAGUCUUAACAGAUCUGAUUAUAGUGACUGACUGACUUUAUAGACUAUACCAUUAUUAUGCUCACAAAUGAAGAGCACUGGCUCGUCAGAUGGGAGAUUUCUUUACCGGAUUUAAGCUUGAAGCUAAAACGGUCGUUCGCAGACAAGCAACGAACCACACGGCCCGUCAUGUCCUGAAUAUUUCUGUCAUUUCAGCAGUCACAGCUCAUUUUCGCCCUUAUAUGUUGAAGUCCACACUGUUCAGACCGUUGCUCUUUAUAAACGAACUGAAUCG